AAUCCCCGUCUGGCUAAUGCACCACAUGCUAACAAGGCAAACACAGAGGUGAGGUCUUCAGAAGUUUGUUAAAUGUUUAUUAUCAGAAUCAGCCUUCUUAUUAAUUAAAGCCUAAAUUAUUGUUUAUUAGUAGUUGGUGAUGCUUUGUGCCAUGGAAGUCUUGAAUCUGGGAGCCGCAGAGCUGUGAGUGAACUGGUGUGACAUUAGUGUGUUUUUAUUACAUAUUUGGCUUCCCCUGCAGUUUUAAUGAAGGCGAGCAGCAGAGUUGUGGUGCAGGUGUUGUUGUUGGCAUUGGUGGCCCAGGUCGCCGUGUGCCAGCACUGGUCCUAUGGAUGGCUACCAGGUGGGAAGAGAAGCGUGGGAGAGCUCGAGGCGACCAUCAGGAUGAUGGGCACAGGAGGAGUGGUGUCUCUUCCUGAAGAGGCGAGUGCCCAAACCCAAGAGAGGCUUAGGCCAUACAACAUUAAUGAGGAUUCCAGUCAUUUUGACAGGAAAGUUUGGAAAAAGACUCUGGAAUAAACAAGGGGCAACAAAAAACAGAAGAUGGACUUUAUUGUGUUCUCUAUAAGGAUUACACAGAUGCCAGAUGCAUGUCUUUAACCCUUGAAUUCCUUGGAAAUUGUAAUAAAGUUUUCAAUCCUCUA